AUGUUGUUGUACACCGACGUUCUCACCGGCGACGAGAUGGUCUCGGAUGCCUACGACGUGAGUUACCUCGUGCAGGUUUGGGGUGCUGGCGACGGUCUCGUGGUCGUGUUCGUUGUGUCGUCGCGAACGAGGCGUAGCCACGCGGAUGGUUGUGAUGAGGUGUCCGGACCACCCGAGCCCGGUACAUGGCCGUUAUUCUCGUCAUACGUUGUUGCAUCGACCCAUCUGUCGCUCAUGGGUGUAACGACUUGGACCUCACCCAGACGAUGCACCUGCCACCGCGUUUUAUAUCCCAUUGUGCUGAUUCUUCCCUAUUCCACAUGUCCCAUCAGCUCAAGGAAGUCGACGGAGUCGCCUACGAGGCCGACUGCGCCGUCAUCACCCUUCGUGCCGGUCAAAUCGACAUUGGUGCCAACGCGUAAGUCUCACCUUACAGCCAUACUGGGCUGACUCGACGCCAAGACAAGUGGCUCAUCCUCGUCGUGAUUCUGACCCGCCUGCGCAGUUCGGCCGAGGAAGCCGAGGAGGACCUCCAAGAGGGUGACUCGCAGGUCAACAACAUUGUCAACUCGUUUCGCUUGACCGCGACUUCGUUUGACAAGAAGUCGUACAUGACCUACCUCAAGGGUUACAUGAAGGCCGUCAAGGCGCACCUCCAGACCACCAACCCCGAUCGCAUUCCCGAGUUCGAGAAGGGCGCCGCUGUCCUUGCCAAGAAGUCAGUACGAGUCGAGACUGCUAUCUGAUGGUCUUGGUGUGCUGAAGUUUUGUUGCGUUCGUGUUCGAUCAGGGUCUUGGGCAACUUCAAGGACUACGAGUUCUACACCGGUGAAUCGAUGAACCCGUGAGUGCCUUCGCGUUCGUCUUGACCUGUAUUAGAUCAAACAACUGACGUCGGAUAUUAUUCACAGCGACGGCAUGGUCGCUUUGCUCAACUACCGCGAGGACGGCACAACGCCCUACUUUACCUUCUGGAAGGACGGACUCAAGGAAGUCAAGCUCUAA